AUGACGCACAAGAUCAGCUUGUUGCCCGGCAGCUGCACUGGGGGAUGUGAGUCUGAGAUGGCUGCACUGAAAGGACGUGUGGCUCGACUGGAAAGAGAGAUGUCCUCCCUAAAAGAGAAAUGUCCAUGUUCUGCAAAUUGUCCAAGUGACUGUAGUGGCAAUGGGGAAUGUCAGAAGGGGAAAUGUAUCUGCCAAGAGGGAUUCACGGGUCCAGACUGCAGUAAGUGUGCACAAGGAGCUGAGUGUAAUAAAAAAGCUGCCAAGGGAAAGGUCAAGGUAACAGUGGAAACAGUGACCCUGCAGGUGAAUAAAGACAAGGAAAAUGUGCAGGAGAAAACCACCAAAAUAGAGCAAACACUCUUCCAGAAAAAGGAGCAGAAGAAGGGGUCCGAAGCCAAAGAGACUGACGCUAAACCCAAAGUGGCUACUAAUGCUAAAGCAGGUCUUGUUAAAACAGAAUCAAAACAAGAAGCUUCUGUUAAGAAAAUAACUGUUAAAGACUCUUCAACCGGCAAAAAGAUCAGUCGUCCAACUGUUGCUCAAGUUCUGUUGAAACAUGAGGGAAGAAAGCAAGAAGAGGCCCGAAAAGGCAAAACAACAGUCAUGACCUCUAAAAAGGUCCUCCAAAAAAAUGAUGUCAAACUUGUUAAGGAAACAAUUGCCAGUAAAACAUAUCCCAAAUCUGACCAACUAAAAGAUGAACCUCAAACCAAUGUGACCCAAAGUAACGUGAAUAAAUCUAAUAGCACAGCUAAAAUUGUGACAGUUCUGUCAAAGGUCAUGGGAACUAACAAAACCAGAGCAGGAAAGACCAUUGAGCAGUCCACACUGGCUGAGAAGAACGUUACUCAGUCAUCUGGACAGAAACAAAUCAAGAAGGUCAAAGUAGACAAUACAAAUGUGCAAUCUGUUGACAGCAGAAACACUGAAGCUGGAAAGACUGGAAAAGAGAAACAAAGGAGUCAGUAUUUAGUGAAUGCAACCAUUGCAGCAACGUCAGGCGAGGCUCGAGUUCUGCAGAACAAAACAACUAUCCAUGGCUCUGGGAGUGCAAAGAGGAUGGGAGGGUCUGGAUUAGGUUCUGUAAAAGUUGUAAACAUCUCUUCCUACAGCUUCACUGUCACAUGGUCAGCUCCACAAGGGAUGUUCAAGAACUUCACCGUGAUCAGAAGAGAACCACGGACAGAGGGUGACGAAGACGAUCACGAGGAGUUCGAAGAGGAAGCUCUUGAAGGGGACAAGACCUCCACAGCUAAGAACACAACUGUAGUCCAGGUACAGAGCGAGAGCACCAACACAACUGUCGCCUCUGGUAAAGCUGUAGCAUCUAGAGGCAAAGCUGAAACCAAGAGGAUCUCCAUGGUAGUCCCUGGCAGCGUACGCUCUAUGGAGUUCAGUAACCUUCGGGCAAACACAGGCUAUGUCCUGCACAUUUAUGGUGCUGCAGCUGAGAGAAGAUCAAAGAUUCACAGAGUAACUGCAACUACAGGUCCUGAGCCAGCCACAGAGAUGGUUUUCAGCAAUGUAACAGAGUCUUCUUUCACUGUUUCCUGGUCCAAACCAAAGACCACAUUCACAGGCUUCAGGGUCACAUAUACCAACAUUAUCACAGGGGAGAACCGCUUUGUGACCGUGGACUCUCAGCAAUCUUAUGUGAUUCUGUCCAAGUUGUCAGCUGGAUCCUCCUACAUUGUCACUGUAACUGCUACACAAGGCAGAACCCAGAGUGACGCCCUCACAUCCAUUAUCACCACGGUGCCUGCCCCUCCAACACAUCUGCAAGUUGUCAAUGUGACAGAUACCAGAGCUGUGCUGCAAUGGACACCCAGUCUGGGAAAAGUAGACCGCUUCAUUAUCAGCUAUGAGUCCUCCAAGACUCCUAAUGUGACAGUGACAGUGAUGCUGUCUGGAAACUCAGUGGAACACCAGCUGAGGGGCCUGCAGAGAGGCACCUUGUACACAGUUAAAGUCCUGAGCCAGAAGGACAGUCUCCAGAGUAUGGCCAUCUCAACUACAUUCACUACCGCUAAUGUGGUUAAAGCCAGUGAGGUGGGGGCUCGUUCUGCAGUGAUAGCAUGGAAAACUUCCACUGUUGUUUAUCACAGCUACAGACUGAUCUACCAGGUGGCAGGAGAGGAGGCAAAGGAGGUAAUCCUGGAUUCGUCAGUCACAGAGUAUAAACUGACAGGACUGUUGUCAAUGUCACGCUAUAUUGUGUUGGUACAAGGAGAGAGAGAUGGACACUACACAUCUCUUAUUACCACAGAAUUCAUCACAGGCAAACUGCGCUUCCCUUUCCCUACUGAGUGCUCUCAGGAGCUGCUGAACGGAGCUCUGCAGUCAGGAGAGGUGGAUAUCUUCCCGCAAGGUAGAGAGGGACAGGCGGUCAGAGUCUACUGUGACAUGGAGACUGAUGGAGGUGGCUGGACGGUGUUCCAGAGGAGGAUGAAUGGAAAGACGGAUUUCUACAGAACCUGGAGUGAAUACACCGCUGGUUUCGGAAACCUCAGCGAAGAGUUCUGGCUCGGAAAUGAGCUUCUUCACAACCUGACCAGUGUCGGCCCUGUGAGUUUGAGAGUGGAUAUGAGAUCUGGAAAUGAAACCGCUUACGCCCACUACGCCAACUUCUCCAUUGAUUCAGUGGAGAGGCACUAUGCUCUUACAGUGUCUGGCUACACUGGAACUGCAGGUGACUCUAUGAGGUAUCAUAAUGGGCGCCCAUUCUCAACCCGAGACAAGGACACUGAUCCUCUGGGGAUCCACUGUGCCAGGGCCUACAUGGGAGGAUGGUGGUACAAGAACUGCUACAAGACCAACCUCAAUGGUCUUUUUGGCAUCAACAGUAAUAAUCAGGGAAUAGUCUGGAUAGACUGGAAAGGUAAAGACGCCUCCAUUCCCUUCACUGAGAUGAAGUUCAGACCGUCCAGGUUCUCUCCUGCCACUCAUGGCUAAAUCAGUGUUCCUGGGUUCUCUAACCUAAAAACCUUACAUCUGACAGAGAAUUACAUUAUGGCUCCACAAAUCCAGAAGACAGUGGAUCUCACAGUUGCUGCAUGUCACUUCGCAAGCUAAAAUUACAUGUACAGUGGUUUUGAUAGCUAAAAUGACAGCUAUCAGUGCAUUUGAUUCAAUGUGCAAGAAUUUUUUUCUGAUCUGUUUUUCUGGAAAUAUACCAAAAGAGUGGAGAAAUGUUUUAUUUCAACUUUUUGUAUAUUGUUGUACUGUUCUACCUGACCCUUCCAUUUCAACCGUUUUGUUUUAACUCUAGUACCUUCUUGUGCACCACCACGGUAUGCCAACCCACUACUACUGUAAUUAAAUAUGCACUGUCUCAC